UCUUUGUGCCUUGCUUCUGAGCCCUGUGCGGUGGAGGUACCAGCUUCGUGGUGCCAAAUAUAAGGAAAUCCAGAGGUUGGUACCAUCAGGACCCAAAUCCUAUUGCUUUGCCUCUGAGCUCUGGAUGAUGGAGAAUGAGAUGCCACCUUCACAAGGAGUCCAGAAGUUGGGACUGGACCAAAUAUCUCAAUGCUCCGUAUGAUGGAGAUGCCAGUUUCACAGUGCCAGGCAUCAGCGUGAACCGAAAACCAGUGUCUUUUCUGUAUGAUCGAGGUACCGGCUCCAUGGUGCCAAGCAUAAGGGAGUCCAGAGAUUGGCACCAUCAGGACCCAAAUCCCAUUGCCUUGCCUCUGAGCUCUGGAUGAUGGAGAUGCCAGUUUCACAGUGCCAGGUACCAGCGUGGACCGAAAACCAGUUUCUUUCCUCUAUGAUCGAGGUACCAGCUCCAUGGUGCCAAGCAUAAGGGAGUCCAGAGAUUGGCACCAUCAGGACCCAAAUCCCAUCUCCUUGUCACUGGAUGAUGCAGAUGCCAGUUUUGCAGAGCCAGACGUAAUAAGAAAGUCCAGAGGUUGGCACAGGAAGGGACCCAAAAACAGUGCCUUGCUUCUGGUCCCUGUAUCAUGAGGUCUCCAGAUUCUUGGUGCCAGGCAUGAGGGAGUCCAGAGGUUGGCACCAUCAAAGCAAGCUAUGCUGAGAAAAAAGCAUCCUUCCUCCUCUUUCAGGACCCAAAGCCAACUCUUUGCAUCUUCCUCUUGCAUGAUGGAGGUACCAGUUUCACAGUGCCAGGUGUAAAGGAGUUUGAGGUUGGCACCAGAAGGGACUAAAACUCAACAUCUUAUCUCAUUGCCUCUGAGUUCUGUGCAACGGAGAUGGCAACUUCAUGGUGCUUGAUGUAAGGUUGGCACCGUAAGGCAAAAAUAUCAUCACCUUGCGUCUGAGCUCUGUGUGGUGAAGAUGCCAACUUCAUGGUGCCAGGCAUAAGGGAGUCCAGAGCGUGGCACCAUAAGGACCAACAUCUCAUUACCUUGCCUCUGAGUUUUGUCGGAUGGAGAUGGCAACUUCAUCUUGCUUGGCGCAAGAGUCCAGAGGUUGGCAUCAUAAUAACCAAAAUCUCAUUCCUUUGCCUCUGAGCCUUGUAUGAUGGAGAUGCCAACUUCAUGGUGCCAGGCAUAAGAGAGCAACAUAAAGACCAACGUCUCAUUACCUUGCCUCUGAAUUUUGUGCAACAGAGAUCACAACUUCAUGGUGCCUGGCAUAAGAGUCCAGAGGUUGGCACCAUAAGGACCAAAAUCUCAUCGCUUUGUCACUGAACUCUGUGUGAUGGAGAUGCCAACUUCACGGUGCCAGGCAUAAGGGAGGACAGAGUGUGGCACCAGAAAUACCUAAAUCUAAUUACCUCGGUUUUGUGUGAUGGAGAUGGUGACUUCAUAGGGCCAGGCAUAAGGGAGUUCGGAGCGUGGCACCAUAAGAACCAACAUCUCAUUACGUUGCCUUUGAGCUCUGUGCGAUGGAGAUGGCAACUUCAUGGUGCUUGGUGUAAGAAUCCAGAGGUUGGCACCAUAAGGAUAAAAAUCUCAUUGCCUUGCUUCUGAGUUUUGUGUGAUGGAGAUGGCAACUUCAUGGUGCCUGGUGUAAAGUUGGCACCAGAAAGACGAAAAUCUCAUCACCUUGCGUCUGAGCCCUGUGUGAUGGAGAUGCCAACUUCAUGGUGCCAGGCAUAAGGAAGUCCAGACUGUGGCACCAUAAGGACCAACAUCUCAUUGCCUUGCGUUUGAGCUCUGUGCAACGGAGAUGGUAACUUCAUGGUGCCUGAUAUAAGGUUGGCACCAUAAGGGCUAAAAUCUCAUCACCUUGCUUCUGAGUCCUGUGUGAUGGAAAUGCCAACUUCAUGGUGCCAGGCAUAAGGGAGUCCAGAGUGUGGCACCACAAGGACCAACAUCUCAUUGUCUUGCAUCUGACCUCUGUGCGACGGAGAUGGCAACUUCAUGGUGCCUGUCGUAAGAGUCCAGAGGUUGGUACCAAAAGGACCAAAAUCUCAUUACCUUGCCUCUGAGUUUUGUGUGACAGAGAUGACAACUUCAUGGUGUCUGGUAUAAGGUUGGCACCAUAAGGACGAAAAUAUCAUCACCUUGCGUCUGAGCCCUGUGUGAUGGAGAUGUCAACUUCAUGGUGUCAGGCAUAAGGGAGUUCAGAGUGUGGCACCAUAAAGACCAACAUCUCAUUGCCUUGCCUCUGAAUUUAUGCAACAGAGAUGGCAACUUCAUGGUGCCUGGUGUAAGAGUCCAGAGGUUGGCACCAGAAGGACCAAAACCUCAUCACCUUGCUUCUGAGUUUUGUGCAACGGAGAUGGCAACUUCAUGGUGUUUGGCGUAAGGUUGGCACCAUAAGGACUAAAAUCUCAUCACCUUGUUUCCGUAUGAUGGAGAUGCCAAUUUCAUGGUGCCAGGCAUAAGGGAGUCCAGAACUUGGUGCCAUAAGGACCAACAUCUCAUUGUCUUGCGUCUGACCUCUGUGCGAUGGAGAUGGCAACUCCAUGGUGCCUGGCGUAAAGGUCCAGAUGUUGGCACCAGAAGGACCAAAACCUCAUCACCUUGCUUCUGAGUCUUGUACAAUGGAGAUGCCAACUUCAUGGUGCCAGGCAUAAGGGAUUUUGGAGUGUAUGAUGGAGAGGCCAGCUUCGUGGCUCCAGGUGUAAGCGAAUCCAAAGAUUGGCACAGAACAGAACCAAAUGGUGCCGGGCAUAAAGAACUCUUGCUGUUGCCCAGAGGUUGGCAUCAUUGAAAAUCAGCAAACCAGGAAUGCCCGGGGACAGCGAGGAGAUCAUCCGCCUGCGUAAGCCGCGCUUCUCAUACGAGGAGAACCAGAUCCUGAUCCAAGAGGUGCGUGCCAACUACGGCAAGCUCUACGGCACCCAGAGCCGGCGGGUGACGGUGGCCGAGCGCCGGCGAGUCUGGGAGGGCAUCGCCGCCAAGAUCAACAGCAUCACCAGCUGGAAGCGGACCGGGCAGGAGGUCCAGAAGCGGUGGAAUGACUUCAAGCGGCGCACCAAGGAGAAGCUGGCACGGGUGCCCCACUCCACCCAAGGGGCCGGUGCCACCGCCUGCGAUGAGAACUUCUCAGCGGAGGAGGAGACCAUCUUUGCCAUCCUUGGGCCUGGCGUGAUGCUGGGGAUGGCCAACGGUCGGGCAGAGCCUUGCCAGAACGCAGGGCCAGAGUUUGGUGCCCACAGUUACCACGUGGAAGCAGAGCCGGGCACAGAUAUGCCAACCAGAAGCCACCUAUCCUGCAGUCCGGAGACACCUGCGCAUCACACAUCCUGCUGCGCUCUGGACGGAGGCUUCCUGCGGCCCAAGGAGCGUGAUUCACCAGAACCCCCUUUGGCACGGUCCGUGGUCCACUUGGCACCUUCUCCGGCCACUUUGGGUUGCAUCCGGCCACAUCUUGCACACUCCCCCGGUGAGCAACUGAGCACCACCUCGUGCCCAUCGUCCUCACCACCCUUGAGACGUCGGCGCACCCGCCUUGAUGCGCCCAUCUGCGAGACCCCUCUAGAUUUCCUCCAGGCGCAGAGGGAGACGGCCGAUGCCAUCCGCGAGCUGAGCUACACCUUGCGGCAAGGUUUGGAGCGGCUCACCGAAGUGGUGGCCACCUUGCUGCCCCUGCUUCCGGCACACACGCAACAUCACCUAUCGCACGCACAGGAGGGAAUGUGUAUGUCUCGUGGUGAGACCCUUCCACCCAGAGAGACCUUUGCUACCAAACUAGAAGCAUCCUCAGAGCAAAGUGAGAGCGAGGCGAGACUUCUUCCGCAAGAUGUGCCCGAAACGGGGCCACCCCUGAGCAGGCCCCAGAAACGGAGGAAAGGCAUCCCCACUCGCAAACGGAGAGGUCGCUGGAAGAACUAA